AUGGUUGACCCACGGAAGACAGAGUCGGAUUUGAGUGCUAGCUUUCAGGAACUACUGGAAGCGGUUGCAAAAGUGCGACCAUCCGACCGGGCACUGUAUGAUGCAUUUGCUCCGGUAAGAAAACGGUUGUGGUAUAAGUGGUUUGUGCGAAGAUUAGUUGUUGCAGUGUGUUUGAUGGCCAUAUGUUUGGCAGUGUGCUACAUUCCCAGUGUAAAUUGGCACGCGUCGGCUGUUGGGCGGCUGUUGAUGAUAGAAAUGCUCCCGUACUGGGACUGGACACCACUGUACCGUAGCAAGUGUUUGGUGGCGAAGGCGAAAGAAAGUACUGCUUCGAAAAAGAUUGAACCGACCGUUUCAUUUCCGGAUGAUUGUGUUGUUUGCCGAAACUUUGGAAUGGUUCCGGUGCAUGGAAAUGUAUCCUACGAAUAUUUAUACCGACAUCAUCUGAUGCGUAAUGUACCGAUCGUUGUGUCCAACGUUUAUCCCCCAUGGAACGAGCACAAACAUUAUGGAACCGAAUGGGACAGCUUUCUGCUCGAUUUGGAAGACUUAUUGUUAGCGAAUCCUUGCGAUUUCCGCACGAAUUUGCUCUUCAAACCAAGCUUCGCCAAAACGUCUGCCAUAGCGCGAAUGGUUGAUCUGCUUGCGGAGGAAACUAUCAAUCGCGGAUGGUUUGUGCAGCUACGAAACUGUGCCCUGCGAAGCGUUAAGAAAACGAGAACCAUGUUUGAGAAGCCCUACUUUUACGCCACCCAUUGGGAACCUCCGUACACAAGCUGGAUUUUGCUAUCGCGAGCAUUCGAAGGCGCACCCGUCAUGACACCCAACAUGGCCGGACUUGUGAUAGUACAUCAGAUGCGUUCUAGGCUAAGUGUUAUUCUUCGACCACGUGUCGAGUGUGAAAGUAGUUGCCAGAUGCAUUCGAUAACAUUACACGAACAACAAUCCCUUCUGUUCUCGACGACUUUGUGGACGUUUAGCUAUGUUCCUUCGGAUGCUAAUGAAACUUCGCUCACGUUCGUAACGGAAACGUACGAAAAUUUGUGA